UUUUACCGUAUUAGGUCGACUCCGGAGUUUCGAAAGGCGGAUCCUUUCUUGUAUCUCGAUAGAGGAAAAAAAGACGCACUCUGGGGGCGGUUGGGGGGGCGUACUCGCUCCGAGGUGCAACUUGGAAAGGCAGCUGACUGGUUGACGAUCCAUCGGUUGCUGGUGUUGGGUCUAUCCUGCCAAGCAUGACGAGAAGGCUGGGUAGUAUUAGGAAAAAAGCGGAAGAAGGGCUUUGGCUCUAUUUAAGAACAGACCUUCUUUUUGUGUGUGGAGAGAUGUUUCUUAUGCAACUCCUUAAUUUCAAAUCUUUGAUGCACAAUCUCCCGCCAUACCCUACUCAAUCUAUUUGAGUUUAUUUUCUAUUUGGAAUUGUACGACGAUCCUCAUCUUAUCUUGCACACGCCUCCAGAUCUUAGCUGCCAUGGCAUCAUCUGUGCUUGACGUCUCAUCCCCGCGGGGAGCUGCCGUGCCAAUCUCGUUUACACGAGGUACAUGCAGUAGACCUAACUUCUCGACUGUCACAGAGGCAUUCUUCCACUAUGCCACCACGCAGCCUUCGGCAACUGCGGCACGAGAUCUCUCUGCCGAGCCAGCUGUUGAGAUAAGCUAUGGCGAGCUUGCUGAACGAAGCAUCCGGUUGGCGCAACGGUUACGAAGUCUGGGCGUCAUGCCGGGACAUCGUGUGCCGCUUGUUGUCAAGCGCGGUGUUGGUAUGUUGGUUGGUAUACUUUCUAUCUUGUCUUGUGGAGCUCAGUAUGUUCCUCUUGACGGAGGCGUAGUGGCAGAGGAGACCUUGCGGUUUGUGUUACAGCAGACUGGUGGAAGGAUAGCUUUGUCUUCAAGCGCUACGGCACAUCGUAUCUCGAGCACGGAUGUAACAGAUGUUGUCAUCAUCGAGGAUGAAGACGGUAGCAGACAGAGUGACGAAGACUUUACUCCAUUGAGUAAGCCUGAGGAUGGCUGCUAUGUGAUAUAUACAUCAGGCACAACAGGUACACCAAAAGGAGUCGACAUCAGUCACAACAAUGUAACAAACUUGUUAUGCCAAGCACCGGGAAACCUGGGUAUUGGUCCAGGAACAUGUGUCGGCCAGGUGUUGAAUGUCAGCUUUGAUAUGGCUGCUUGGGAGACUCUUGGUUGUCUAUCGAAUGGCGGAACCUUGGUCAUGCGGGGCUCUGACUGGUCAAAGGCCCUAAAGCAAAUUGAUGUCCUUAUCUGCACUCCAAGCAUUCUCUCAAAGUACAACCCACAGGACUUCCCAAGAUUGAAGACCGUUGCCACAGCAGGAGAGCCUAGUUCUCAACAACUCGCUGACCUAUGGGCAUCUCACAUCUCAUACUUCAACUGCUACGGCCCAACAGAAACUACCAUCGUCAACACCAUGCACCAGCACCAAACGGGCCAACCUCUCUCUAUCGGCAGACCAACACCAGGAAAUAACGUUUAUAUCCUAGACGAGUUUCUUGUACCCGUGCCUGUUGGAGAAGUUGGUAAUAUUUGGGCUGGUGGUGCAGGCGUAGCUCGUGGCUAUGUCGACUUGCCAGAGAAGACAACUGAGAGGUUCAGACCCGACCCUUUCACUCAAGACGGUUCAAACAUGUACAACACUGGUGAUCUGUGUCAAUGGAACCCUGACGGUACCCUCCACAUCCUUGGUCGGAUAGACGACCAGGUCAAAGUCAAAGGCUUCCGCGUCGAACUCGACGGCGUAACAGCCUGCAUAAAAUCCUGCCCCUCCGUCCAGUCCGCCACAGCCCUCCUCAUCAACAAUGAGAUCCACGCCUUCAUCACCCCCAACCACUGCCCCAUCAACGUUGUCGAAGCCCAUCUCAAGACCCUCCAGCCUUACUACGCCAUGCCAACACACUACCACCAACUAGAUAGUCUUCCCAUGACUCCAAACGGAAAGAUUGACAAGCGCGCUCUGAGGAUGAAAGAGAUGGUGGAGGUUGAUAAACCUAAGCCUGCUGUUCUGCAUGCGCGCAUGGAUUCGAAUGCUUCGAGCGCCACACAGCUUAGUUCUUUCUCUGAUGCGAGUGAUACGACGCUUAUUAAUGAGCAUCAGUAUGAUCUUGAGAAGGCACUUCCUGAGAAGGAUAUGCCUAAGCAUGCGAGAGGGCUGCGGCACAGAUUGCUCAUUGUUUAUCGUCGGCUGUUUUCCCUUGUUGGACUCUUCAACAUUGGUGCUGCUAUUGCUCUCCUCCUGACUGGUAUCACCAGGGAGUGGAUGGGUAACAUCACAGCCAUCAAUCUGGCCACAGCUGUUCUUGUCCGUCAAGAAUUCGUCAUCAACGCCCUCUACACUAUCACAUGUAGUGUCCCCAAAACCUGGCCUCUUGCAAUUAGGACCCGAUGUGCCAAGAUCUAUCAUCUCGGUGGCGUUCACUCUGGUGCAGCUGUCAGCGCAGGAGCAUGGCUUCUUGCAACAAACAUCGCCGACAUCGCUUGUUCGUUCGGAAGCUGUGCCAACUGGGGUAACUUAUCCAUCGCUUCUCAAACCAUCUCUUGGAUCUUGUCUGCCAUGUUCGUUGGCAUGAUCGGAAUGGCUUGGCCUUCAGUCCGUAAGCGGUAUCACGAUCUCUUCGAGAGAACUCACCGCUUUUCUGGAUGGACUAUGCUCGCCCUCUUCUGGGUGCAAACCGUGCUUUCAGCCCACGACAACACCCCUUCUGGUACUACACUUGGAGAAUCCUGCGUCAAGUCGCCUGCCUUCUGGUUACUGGCCGUCGCAACAGCCAGUGUUGCUUCUUCCUGGUGCUUCCUCCGAAAAGUCCCCGUUGAAGCUGAGAAACUCUCCGACCACGCUAUCAGACUUCACUUUGACUACACUGUCCCUGUCAACGGUUCUUUCACCCGUCUCUCUCACAAACCCCUCAAGGAGUGGCAUUCCUUCGCCACCAUCCCGGCUCCCGAAGCCAUCAACGGCCGAUCAAAGGGCUACUCCCUUGUCGUCUCUAACGCCGGCGACUGGACAAAGUCCACCAUCCAAGACGGCCCCUCUCAUAUCUGGACACGCGGUGUCCCAACAUGCGGAGUCAUGCGCAUCGCGACCCUCUUCAACCGCGUCGUCCUCAUCGCAACAGGUUCCGGCAUCGGUCCUGUUCUCGGACAUAUCCAAAACCCAACAUGUCCCACACAACUCAUCUGGUCAACCAAGAACCCUGAAGAAACUUUUGGGGAAGAAAUCUGCCAGACUAUCAGCAAGCGCAUUCCUGAUGCUGUCAUCCACGAUACUAAGAAGCUUGGGAGACCUGACCUGGUGAAGAUGGGUUACAAUCUGGUAAAGGCUUUCAAAGCUGAGGCAGUUAUCAUCAUUGCGAAUGAGAAGAUUACGAAAAAAGUGGUUUAUGGUUUGGAAACGCGUGGUGUUCCAGCUUAUGGUGCUAUCUGGGAUAGUUGAGUUUAUGAUUUGAUUUUGGAGUUUUGAGUUUGGAAGUCCGUUUGAUUUCAUGCCUGGGAUGAGUUUUAUGCCGGAAACGACUUCGAUACGAUGAAUGAUUACAUGUUAUGAUCUGAAACAAUAUUCGUCAACAUUCGCGCGUUGGAAUGUAGUCGUGCUUGGCAUCGGAGGCUGAGAUUGAAUUUGGGGCUGGAUUGACUUUGAUGUUGACCUAGGGCCCCCGUUACAAUCCGAUUGAGUUCUGAGAUCGACGAUGGCUGAAGCGAGCGAAGAAUGCACGGAGAGGGUGAAGAUAACAGACUGUUCCAUCGCUGCAGAUCCUGUUGCUGGGGAUCCCAGUCCGGAUCGUGUUCGACUCAGUGACGGAGAUCAUUAUGCUCGGCUAUUACUUUACAGAGUACCAGAAACUCUCAUUCCUAACUAUACAAAUAUGUGUGAUAUUUCAAUGCAAGUAGCGCUUCAAAGAUAUGGCUGUACGCGCCGCGAGGCACUUAAAUGUUCUGAAAUGAACGAAGCG